CAUACCCAUUAUAAAUUUGCAAAGUCACAGCAAAAUAGUGUCAUCUGAACAUUACGUUGCAGUUGUAGAAUCCGGAGUUUAUAGGUCGGGCUUGUUUAUGCUGAUAUAACCCAGGAUAUACCAGUAUAUACUUCAGUAAUAAAGACAAACUUCCUGGUUUGGUGGUGAUUUAAGUUGACACAUCGAGGAGAGAGUACGGGGAACCCAUGUUGACAUAUACAAAACAGUUUGGAGAUCAGCAAACAUUUGGAGUCGGGUACAGUGCAUGGUACCCUUCUAUGACCAGAUAUUCCGUUUCAGGAGAACGUUAUUGAUCAAAGUACCAGUUAAUAAUAGAUGCUUACGGGAACAACUUUCUAUCUGCGUUCAUAGCAUUGUACAUGUAGCCUCAGGAGGAGCGCGUAUUGGUGUCGGCGGAUAGGCACUGACAAAUUUAUUUGGAUUUAAUACUGAUUGAAGAAUUGUGCCUGAAUAUUUUCUGUUUUUGAAUCGGGAUCAGGAACUGGUCGUGGAGAUUCAGAAUGGCUGGGUCUGGAUCGGUUGCAUUUAUCUUCCAACUGGUGACAUCGGUUUUAUUCAUACUACUCAAUGUCGACUCCAUAGAAGCAAGGCGCCAAGCGGGAAGGUACAGGCAUAGAGGUAGUGGAGGAGCUCAACUCACCCGAGGCAAAGAUCCGUUACCAUGGUGGUCUAUUACUCUGAUCUUCGUUGGGGGUAUCUUGGGCAUAUUCUUAUGCGUCAUGGCUCUGAGGAAGGUUUACGAAAAGAAACGAAAGCAGAAGAUGCGCGCCAUGGCAACACGACGCAGUCAGAACAUACAACGACGCCGAAGUUUACCGAAUAAUGUUACUACCGAUGACAGUGGAGUUCCUCAGGGAUGCUUUGACGCACCUCCUACAUACGAGCAAUCUGCCAAGGAUGACGCACAACCUCCUGCAUACAGCAAGGACGUAGAUAUCAGCGAUGAACACGCCAUGGCUCCUCCCCCUACUCCUCAUGAAACGUCGGUUCCCAUAGACACUGCUCUUUCCGCAGCCCCGCCCAGUUAUGACUGUGCGCAAAAUGAUGGGGGUGAGGUCGUAGAAGUGGGCGGGGCUGAAGCCAUGGAGAUGAGCCAGGCAGACAGUAGAAAUUCACACACGGAUCAAGCAAAUGCCAAUGAAUAAGUGUGUGGUAUAUUAAAAGACAAUUGAUGUACUAUCUAUGUGAUUAAAUUGCCCUCGAAAGCCUAUUCGCACGAGCAAUAAACCUAUCUACGCCUUUCAAAGUGCAAUGGAACCAGAAAGAGAGCUUGCUUAUGGACUGAUCAAGUUGAAGGGCUGACAACGCUUUAUUAUACAGGGGCCGCGGAACGGUUUCAAAGUGGGGGGGGGGGCUGAGCCAAAAGUGGGGGGGGGGCUGGCCAUGCUAAAAAUAACAAUCAUAUGGUCAUUUUUACGUUUUUGUACACGGUUUUGGAAAAAAAGUACUGUUUUAUAUAACUAUGCCUGAUAUUCAGUUUCCUUUUCUAUUGUGUGUUAUUUUCGUGAACUAUUGUUAACAGUAAUUUUAUUCAAAAAUGUUUUAUAUAUAUAUAUUAGCCUCAGUAAAUGUAAGCUGAAGACAUUUUCACAAUUUUUUUUGCACCCUGAUAUGGCGUUGACUUGAAUAUGUAACAAAAAUGAAAGAAACAAAAACAGUAAAAAUAUAUAUAUAAUGAUCAAAGUUAGAUGACAAAUAACAAAGGUAUACCAUUUUAAGUUUAGGAGUUGUUUCUGAGUCGUGAAAUGGUGAUAUACAUGCUGGAUAAGUGCGGUAACGAAGAUAAAUGAAAUCUACAUUAUUUCACGUAAAGAGAUUAAUAUCACCCUUGCAUAUGAAAUGAAUUUUCAGUACUGGUUUCUUCUUAACACAUUUCAAGAGGAAUCGAACCGACUUUAGGUUCUUGGAAUGUACUUUGGAUGGAAUGAAACAUAAUAAGAAACAUAAUACGCGUUGACAUGUGCUAAUUUGCAUACAGCCAAGUUGCUUUUGUGUUACUUUUACCACAAAAUAAUGCAGAUAUUUUUACAUGCCAUAACUUUAUAAUUUCUCAUAUUUCAAUGAUAGUUAUACUGAUUCGCAUACUAAUCGUUUCAUUGACAAAGAAUAGUAUUGGGGUGAAAGAAUACAUGUGCAUUGACAUUUUCCUCAGUCAUGCCGUAACUUAUGUUCGGGGAAUCCCCGUUAGAAUACAUGUGCAUUGAAAUUUCCUUAGUCAUGCCUACACUUACGUCGGGGGAAUCCACGUUUAACAUCUUGAUAUGUGUUUUUGUACUAUUUUCUGAAAGUAAAAUAUAAAUAUUAUAUA